UCAUUUAUUCUGAAACUUCCUGCAGGAUCAUUCCUGAAUCCCCUCGAUGGCUCAUCUCCCAGGGAAGAUAUAAGGAGGCAGAAGUUAUUAUCCGAAAGGCUGCAAAACUAAAUGGCGUUCCAGUCCCCGCCAUGCUUUUCAACACUGCAGAGAUGCAGGAUUCGAAGCCUCAGCAGCAGCAGAAGGCUAUCCUUCUGGACCUAUUUCGAACCCGAAACAUUGCAACUAUUACUAUUAUGUCAUUACUUUUGUGGUUUUUCACAUCAGUUGGUUACUUUGGCCUGUCCCUCAGCACUCCAAACUGGCACGGCAAUGCCUACGUCAACUGUUUCCUCGCGGCCGUUAUUGAAGUUCCAGCUUACGUGAUCGCCUGGCUUCUCCUCCGCUCCCUCCCUCGCCGCUACUCCGUGUCGGGCGUGUUGUUUUUGGGGGGGGGUGUUGUCCUCCUCAUUCAGUUCGUUCCUGCAGAUUAUAACGUCCUGUCUAUUGGCCUGGUGAUGCUCGGAAAAUUUGGCAUCACAGCGGCGUUUUCAAUGCUUUACGUCUACAAUGUGGAGCUGUACCCGACGCUUGUCCGGAACAUGGCAGUCGGAGCCACAUCCACGGCUUCCAGGCUGGGCAGCAUCAUUGCUCCUUACUUCGUUUACCUGGGUGCCUAUGACAGGUUCCUGCCAUACAUCCUGAUGGGAAGCCUGACCGUGCUGAUCGGGAUCCUCACUCUGUUUCUCCCUGAGAGCUACGGCAACCCCCUGCCCGAGAGCUUUGAGCAGAUGCUGACGGUGAAAUGCUUCAGAAACGGGCAACAAACCGCUGGCAUUAGGAAUUCAAAGAAGAGUCCUAAGAUGCUGAUAACACCCUUGUGA